AUGUCCGGACCAUCGCAAUUACAUCAAGCUGGCUCGGAGUUUGCGAGCACAAUCACCGGGCAUAAUGUCGACUUGGGCAACAAGACGCUGACCCGCAGAGACACGGCUCAAACAAUAAAUUACCACAACUAUUAUGGACACUCUACAGCCAUCUUGGACGAAAAGGCAUGUGAGCAUCGCGGAGAGAAGCGAAAAUGUACAGAUGAGGAAGAAAAUCUACUUCAAUCUUUAAGAUUCAAUCAAAUCGACGCUCGGCAUGACAAUAUCAAGAAAGCUCAUGCAAAAACAUGCAAAUGGAUCCUCAAGAGAGGGGAGUACCUCGACUGGCUGAAUCCCGACAAGGUCGAUGAACACCAUGGCUUUCUAUGGAUAAAAGGAAAGCCUGGAGCAGGGAAGUCCACUUUAAUGAAGUUCAUUCUCAGCAAUGCCCGCAGAAGAAUGAAAGACAAAACCAUCAUCUCUUUCUUCUUCAAUGCACGAGGAGAAGAGUUGGAGAAGUCAACCACUGGCAUGUACAGGUCACUGUUACUGCAAAUGCUGCAGCAACUUCCAAGGCUUCAUAGUCUUCUCGAUCCUGGGUUGAUCUUAGGGAUCAGCGAGAAUCAUGACUGGAGUGUUGAGGCACUGAGAACACUUUUUGAGCAAACUUUGGAAGGCCUUGGGGAUUCUUCCGUGGUUGUCUUUAUUGACGCUCUGGAUGAAUGCGAUGAGUCCGAGAUUCGCUCAAUGGUGUCAUCAUUUAAAAACUUAGGUAACCUGAGCGCAGCUGAAGGAGUCAGUUUCCAGGUAUGCUUGGCAAGCAGACACUAUCCUCACAUUACGAUGCCAAAGAAAAUUGAGCUAGUUCUUGAAGGACAAGAGGGACAUGAUCAGGACAUCAUUUCGUAUCUUGACAGUGAGUUGGAGAUUGGCGACAGCAAGCUCGCUCAAGAGGUCCGGGCUCAGAUCAAAGAGAAGGCGUCAGGUGUUUUCAUGUGGGUUGUUCUUGUAUCUGGCAUUCUGCAACAGAAGUACGAUCAAGGGCGCAUCCACACUUUGAAGAAAACAAUUCGGGAGAUACCAGGGGACCUGCACGAGUUAUUUCGAGAUAUUCUGACCCGAGACGAUACAAACAAGGAUGAAUUGCUGUUAUGCAUUCAAUGGGUUCUCUUCGCAAGACAUCCACUAAAGCCAGAGCAGCUUUAUUUUGCCAUUCGAUCACACACAGAAUACGCCACUUGCAAGUGGGAUCGAGAUGAAAUACCGGAAGACGCCGUUGGCAACUUCAUUCUAAGUUCCUCCAAAGGCCUUGCUGAAGUCACAAGGGCAAAACAAGACCCAACAGUUCAGUUCAUCCACGAGUCAGUCAGAGAUUUCCUUCUUAAGGACAACGGCCUCAGGGUUAUCCUGUUGGAUGCGAGUGGCGAUCUGAGUGCAGAGAGCCACGAUCAGUUGAAGAAGUGUUGCUUUGAGUAUACGCAAUCUUACUGGAAAGAGAAUGGUUUACCGGCAGGCGACUCCAAGCAUCAGAUCUUGGAAACUCGUGUUCUGGCAGACUAUGGGUUUCCUUUUCUGAGGUAUGCCGUACAGAAUAUUCUUUAUCAUGCGAAUGCAGCAGAGGAGGGACAUAUCGACCAGACCAGGUUCUUUGGAAGUUUCCCACUUGCAAAUUGGAUUCGACACAAUAAUGUCUUCCAGGACAAAGAAGUGCGCCGACAUACCACUGGUGCAAGCCUUUUAUACCUCCUGGCGGAGUACAACUUUGGGGGCCUUAUUGAGAGCCACCAAGGAAGCCAGUCCUGCUUUGACAUUGAAGGUGAACGCUACGGGGCUCCUAUCCUUGCAGCAAUGGCUACGGGCAGUCGACCAACAGUCUGGAAGCUACUCAAAAGGGAGACACGCGAUGAGCCAGCAACGUCACGUUUACACUCCUUGUGCAAUGAAUACGACGUAGAAAAGAAAAGGAAGCACGGCAUUGGGCGCAGCUUCAGAUUUAACACAACAUGGGGUCUUCUUUGCAAUAUCUUACAAGAUGACGACCUCAUUGUGGCGUCGUUUGCUAUUGCUUCGUCCAAAGCCUACACAUCUAUAAACUUCCGAACCCCCCGUGGCGAGACACCGUUUUCAGUUGCCAUUCAACACAGUCAUGAUAUCUCUGCUACUUUAGGAUUUCUCAUUGAGAACGGAGUCUACAUUGAAUCUAGAGACCAGCUCAAGCGGACGCCACUUUGUCUCGCUGCUGCAAAUGGAAACACAGCUGUUGUAGCUUUCCUACUUAAAAAUGGCGCUAAUGUUCAGAAAACCUGCAUGCAUGGCAAGACACCACUUACGUAUGCUGCACGUGGAGGCAGUGAAGAAUGCAUGCGAUUGCUGAUCUCGGGUGGAGCCAGUGUUGCUGCGACAGAUGACUGGGGACAGACAGCACUUUUCCAGGCCGCGUGUAGCCCAAACGAGCCCGAAGCCAAGAUGCAAUUAUUAAUUGGCCAUGGCGCGGAUGUUCAUAGGGUAGACAACAGUGGCUGUACGCCACUCUCAUAUGCGGCCCUACUUGGCGCUAAGGCUUGUCAGCUACUGCUUGACCAUGGGGCAGAUGUAAAUGCAGCUGACAAUCGUGGUGGGACACCUCUAUCAUAUGCUGCUUCAUGCCAUGCCUAUGGUGCUGAGGAUUGUGUGCAGCUGCUUCUACAUCGAGGAGCAAUUCCUGACAAGGUUGAUGAGGCUGGAAACACUGCUCUUUCAUAUGCUACUACAAAAGCUGUUCAGGACCUGAUAUCCAGUUAUAUUUAG